CACUGCCUCCAAACUGCCUGGGGGGUGAUGUGCUGAAGUGGCACGGGGAGAGCAGCAUGAGCCUCCAGCUGGAGAAGCAGCUCCUGUUCCUGUCCCUGCUCUGCAUCCUCUCCAAGGUUUGUGCCCAGCUGUGCCGGCGGCCCUGCUACUGUCCCUGGGUGCCACCGCGCUGUCCCCGCGGCUCCCCGCUGGUCCUGGAUGGCUGUGGCUGCUGCAAGGUCUGUGCCCGGCGCCUGGGAGAGCCCUGCGACUUCCUGCACGUCUGUGACCAGAGCCAGGGCCUCGUCUGUGACUACAGCUCAGCACCUGCGGGGACAGCAGGCACCUGCAACUUUGAGGACGAUGAGGAGGGCUGCGAGGUGAAUGGCCGGCUCUACCGAGACGGGGAGGUUUUCCAGCCCAGCUGCAAGAUCCAGUGCCACUGCCUGGACGGGGGCUUCACCUGCAUCCCGCUGUGCCAGGAGGACGUGCGGCUGCCCAGCCCCGACUGCCCCUUCCCCCGGCGCGUGGAGAUCCCAGGGAAGUGCUGCCCCGAGUGGGUCUGCGAAGGUGCCCGGGAGCAGCCCCUGCCCCGCGAUGCCAGGGCAGCCCCCAGGGCGGUGUCCCCGCUGCUGCGGUACCCCUGCCCGCCGUGGGGCACGGAGUGGAGCCCCUGCUCGGCCACCUGCGGGCUGGGCUUUGCCAGCCGCGUGUCCAACCAGAACCGCCUGUGCCGCCUGGAGACCCAGCGGCGCCUCUGCUCGGCCGGGCCCUGCCCGGCCCUGCCCGCAGCGCUGCCCGCGAGGGCAAGAGGAGGUCGUUUGUAGCUGUGCCCACCCUGGAUUCACCCUGGAGCCAACGCCUCAUCCUGCAAAGAGUCAGGCACAAACCCAUGGCACUGUGAUUAUGGUGAAGAUGGAGGGUGUUUCCGCUGGGAAAACAGGAAAGGAUGGACUUUGGCUGCAAAGGAGGCUGGAAGCAGAGAACAAGAUCCCCGUGUCACCCAUCACCUGCCUCCUCUGCACACCCCGCUGUCCCAGGCAGGGGUACUGGGCAGCAUUCCGAGUUCCUUAGGCUGAAUGAAAUGGGAAAUGGGGAAAUCCUGCUCCAAGCAUAAACCACCCAAGACACCAGGAAUUGGUCCUUUCCUGGAGCAGUGAGGCUUCUGAAGAGGUGGGCUGCUUCUCUGCCACAUCAUGCAGCUCUGCUUUGCAGGGACUUCAGGAGAGACCAUCUCCAGCACCUGGAAGCCAAAAUCCCUGCAGGGAACCCUCACGCCCUGGCCCCCCAGGGAGGGAGCAGGUCACCGAGCUCCCUGUGACCCCACAAGUCACUGCCACACCAGGCUGAGCUGCUCAGCCAUGCAGGAGCUCAGCCAGCCCACGGUACCCACCCUGCCUUCCCGGGCACGGGCAGGGUCCUGCUGAUGGCAGCUCUAACUCACCUUCCCCUCAUCCCUCCAGAAUAAACACGAGCCUUCCCGCUCUGCCUGGCCUCCUCCUCUGGUGGUUUGGCAGGGCUUCGGCAAGCCAGGAGCUCAGACAGCAGCAGACAGACCCGCCUGCCAUCCAAGCACAUUCCCCGCGAGCCGGGGCCAAGGGAGAAGCAGGGAAAAGGGAAAACAAAUCGCAAAGAUGAGUCGGGGCCGUCUCCCGACGGGCUGGAGCUGCUCCAGCCAUGCAGGAGUCGGCGCAGGAGAGCUGCUCGGCUGCUCUGGCUGUACUUUGUCCCAGGGAAAAGUGCUUCUGGGUGAUGGAAAGUGAAACCCAAAUGCCCUCUAACGGCCUCGCACAGAUGUGCAGAGGGAACGCGCAGCUGGGAAGGAGCCGCGGUUUGGGUGACGCGUCCAGGUGAGAGAUGGACUUCUUAGAUGGGUAUUUCUGGAACUAAAAAUAAAGAUGUGCUCAUCCAGGAGUGGAGCUUGUGUGUGCAGGGUGAGCCCAGCCCUGCUGCUCAGGGCCAGCUCGAUGGGUGCAGGAAAGUCCUGGCACAGGGUGGGGCAGCUUGGAGGCACUUCAGUUCAGGCUGCUUAGAGUAAGAGAAGGAAAAAGAAAAAAAUGUGAAUCAAAGCACUGAACACAAUAUUACAAUUUAUUACAUCCUGGGUUAAAUCCUUCACUCUAACCCAGCCAUAAGCUCUGCUGAUGGCACAGCCCUGGCCAUAGCAGUGCCCAGGUCUCCAGUGCUGGGAUGUGCAGGAGGGCAGGGCAGGCAUGGCACUGCUGCUGUGUCUGCAGCCACAGGAACAGCCUCUUAGCUCCCAAAAAUCAAUGCCCAAACUCCCCUGCAGCUCAUCCCUCCUACUGCCAGGCCCACACUUCCUCCAUUCCCCUGGGCUGGGAUUUCCCCAGCGUGGUGCAGCACCAUCCCCAGCUCACUGUGCUCCUGAGCAGGGCAGGUCUGGGGCUGAAGGGACCAGAGCCUGAAUGGCAGGGGGAGCUCCUCUCUCCAGCCCAAGGAAAAGCCUCCCCUGCAGCAGCAGAAAUGCAGCAGGCCCAAGGCAGCUCAUUCAUUCCCUCAGGCUCUGCAAGAACUGAAAAGAAAAUGAAAGUAAAGGAUGCGGCUCAGCCACCUCUUGGGGGUAAAAAAAAAAAAAAAAAGAGAAAGAAAAAAAGAAACCUCACUGCUCUUGCAGUAAUACAUUGCCUACAAAGAGAAUUAUUUACUGCAAUCAUCUGGUGCUCAGCCUGAAUACAAAUCAUUAAUUCUGUUUGAUGUGGGGCACAUGGUGAACCUCCAGCAGGCAGCAAAUUGCAGAACAAACAGCUUGGGUUGGCUUUUUCAGUUCUCUGGUGGCAAUGCCAAACAAGUGGUGACCCAAAGCUCAUGUAGACUUCAAAACUACCAUAUUCCUCGACUGACAUGGAUAAAACACAUUGUGGGUACUGAAAAUCCUGGUUCUAAGCCAGUUCUUGUUCAAGCAUGUUGGGACUCGGCCACCAAGGCUGGGUGAGCUGCCAGGGCUGUCACACACUCCCAGAUCCUGCCUAGCCACCUCUGGGUGAUGGUAAAAAUCAGAAGGUCACUUUUUAGGCAGCAACCUGCAAUUCUCAUCUCAAACAAAUGAUUCAACACACCUCUGCUAUAAUUAUCUUUUUUUUUCCCUGCAGAAUGUCUCUCUGAUUCACUAAGCAU